UCACUAGUUAUUAUAUUUUUAGAUCGACGCUGCUGUUAUAAACUUUAAUAUAAAUAAUACUUUGUUAUAAAUAACAUUUAAUAAUUUUAUCAUGGCUUCAGUGGAAUUGUUAACGCCACAUUUACCUAAGAUCAAAAUACCGGCUUCUCAGCAAAUAGUUUACAAAGAUGAAUGUGUUUAUUCAUUUGACAAUCCGGAGUCAGAAACGGGUUUGUACGUUUCACUAACGUCAUUCCUUGGCUUUGGACGUAACUAUGUGGAACAGUACUUCCAGAAGACUGGCAACCCUGUAUUCCUUCACAUACAGAGGGAGAAGAAACCUAUACCAGAACCAGAAGUAACUGGCGAUGGACCGGAGAAAAAGAUCACCCGUCUCGCUAUUGGAGUGGAAGGAGGAUUCGAGCCAGAUAUCGGCAAACCCAAGUACACCUACACUGAUAAAUACAAUGUUGUGGUGUUGCCAGGUUUCUACACAUUUCCCUGGCCUGAUCCAUCGCUACCAGAAGUGGUAAAAAAAUCGGUACAAGCGAUUAUAAAUGCGGAGUCACCAUUCAAAAUGGCGGAGAUGGCUGCUUUACAGGGGACAUGGGAUGGUGAGAGACGAGAGAUAUCAGUGCAUGCAGUAAACUUGCAGCAGUUAGACAACAAGGUGAAGAUUCCUCCUUCAGGCUGGAAGUGUGAUAAGUGCGAACUGACCACAAACCUGUGGCUGAACCUCACCGAUGGCUCCAUACUCUGCGGGAGACGAUUUUUUGAUGGCUCCGGAGGCAAUGAUCAUGCGGUGGAACAUUACCGUGAAACCGGUUUCCCACUGGCAGUGAAACUGGGAACGAUAACCCCAGAUGGGAAAGGUGACGUGUUCUCCUAUGCUGAGGAUGAUAUGGUCGAGGAUCCAUUCCUCGCAGACCAUCUUAAGCAUUUUGGCAUCAAUGUACAGCAGUUGCAGAAAACGGACAAAUCGAUGGUGGAAUUGGAACUGGAGCUGAACCAGCGCACCGGUGAGUGGAACACGCUGCAAGAGUCCGGCAGCGAGCUGCGGCCGCUGCACGGGCCCGCGCUCACCGGCCUCAACAACCUCGGCAACACCUGCUACAUCAACAGCGUGGUGCAGGUAAUGUUCAGAAUGCCAGACUUCAUCCGGAGAUUCGUGGAAGGUGCUCCUGAAAUAUUUUCAACUUUCCCUGAGGAUCCGGCGAACGAUUUUAAUGUACAAACUGCGAAGCUGGGCGUGGGGCUGGUGUCGGGGCGGUACUCGUUCCCGGAGGGCGCGGCGCAGCGCGGCGUGUCCCCGCACAUGUACCGCCAACUGGUGGGCCGCGGACACCCCGAGUUCAUGAGCAAGCGGCAGCAGGACGCGCACGAGUUUUAUCUGCAUCUGCUCACACUUAUUGAGAGACACAGUCGUCACCGCGUGAACCCGGCUGAAUGCUUGCGGUUCAGUGUGGAGGAGCGCGUGGUAUGCGGCGCGUCCGGCGGCGUGCGCUACACGCGCCGCGCAGAGCACCACCUGCCGCUGCCCGUGCCGCUCGCCGCCGCGCGCAACGCGCCGCAAGUGCGCGACUACGAGCAACGCCGGGCCGCGGCCGAAGCUACGGGACAGAGACUAGAUCCAUCGCAGUUAGUGCGGCCUGAGAUCCCAUUCAGCGCGUGUCUGGAGAGCUUUAUGCGUGAAGAAACUCUCGAACAGUUCUUCAGUACCGCAGUCAAUGAAAAAGUCACAGCGCAAAAAAUAACUCGCCUGGCGACUUUCCCCGACUACCUGCUCAUCCAGUUAAAGAAGUUUACCAUCAAGGAGGACUGGACACCCGCCAAGCUGGACGUGGCCGUCGACAUGCCUUGGGAGGUGGACCUAAGCUGUCUCCGCGGGCGCGGGCCGCAGCCCGAGGAGACUCAGCUGCCGGACUCCAGUCCGCAAGCCGCGCAGCCGCAGUACGACGAGGCGGUACUGGCGCAACUCUUGGACAUGGGUUUCCCCGGGGAGGCGUGCAAGCGCGCGCUGUACUACACGGGCAACGCCGGCCUCGAGCCCGCCUCCAACUGGCUCAUGGAGCACCUCACCGACUGGGACUUCGCCAACAAGUUCGACCCGCCCGGCGCCGCACCCGCAGGUGGCAGCGUGGCAUUGGAGGAGUCGAGCGUGGGCAGCAUAGUGUCAAUGGGGUUCACGCGCGCGCAGGCGGAGCGCGCGCUGCGGGCCACGCAGGGCGACGUGGGCCGCGCGCUCGACUGGAUCUUCAGCCGCGCGGACCAACUCGACGAGGACCACCCGCCGCCGGAGGACCGCACGCUCGGCUGCAGGGAUGGUCCAGAGAAAUACAAGCUGGUGGCGUUCAUCUCCCACAUGGGCACGUCCACGAUGGUGGGUCACUACGUGUGCCACGUGCUGCACGAGGGACGCUGGGUUAUAUUCAACGACAACAAGGUUGCUCUCUCAGAAAAUCCACCAAAGGAUUUGGGAUACUUAUAUCUCUAUGAAAGGCUGUGAUCUCAUAACGACUGUAGCUUGUACUGUCUAAAUGACUACUGCAUAGGAUGUUUAACAUAACCUAAGAAUUAAUUAAUAUACCAGAUAAAGUGUUUUAAACAAAGACUAGCUGUUGCUCGCGACACCCGCUAUUUAAAAAUGUUGCCUAUAUUACUCACAGAUAAAUUACCUUUCUAAUGGUGAAAGAAUUUUUAAAAUCGGCCCAGUAUUUUGUGUUAAUAUUAAAUUAAAAAUACAUACAAAAAUACAAAUCUUUCCUCUUUAGAAUACCAAGUAUAGAUGUAGAUGGCAAUUUUGCAGCAUAAAGAAUGUUAAAUACACCGGGUAGGAAAUUUAUGUCCUUAACCGUAAAUGCCAUAAAUGGCUGUUAAUCUUAACCAUUUAUUUAUGAUUAUUUACCUUUAAAAAAUACAUGAGUACUAAAUUUCUUUGUUUAAAACAUUUUAUGUAUUAAGUAGUCAAAAUUUACUUAGUUAAAAAGCAAGAAUAAUAAAAUUUGAGUAAGCAUUCGUCUUAAGUAAGUUAUAUGUGAAUUAAGAUUCAAUCGUUUUUUGAUAUAUGAGUUAAAAAAUAUAUGCAAAUUUGGCAGUGCUCUUAUUUUGUAGAAAAUAGUUAAUGCAUUUUUCUCUUCUGGUUAUUUUGCUCUUUUAAUACAGCUUAAAUAACAUAAUGAAUUUAAAUGUACAGAAGCUUCUAGCAGAAUAUACUGACAUGAACACCAUUAGACAACGAAAUAAAUUAUAAUAAAAA